UUUGAGGUAAAAUGGCGUCGGGGGCCAUUUCAACGGAUUCCAAGAAAAUUUCCGACUUGCGUGUUGUUGAUCUUAAAUUUGAGCUUAAACGGAGGAAUUUGGACACUACCGGUGUGAAGAGUGUUCUCAUAGUUCGACUGAGACAGGCUAUUGAGGAUGAAGGUGGUGACCCAGAAAACUUUCAAAUCCAACUCUCGAGUGAUUCCUCGACAAGGAGAAGUGGAAAAGCUAAAGGGAAGAAAGCAGAUUCUGAUUUGGACACCACCGCAGAAGACUCUAUGCUUUCAAAGGAAACUGAAGAGACUGAAUCAGAAAAGGAUGUAACUGAUACAGAUGAUGGUAGUCGUGAACAUUCAAAGCCUCCACCCUGUGAGGACAGCCUUGCUCACUCUGAGGCUGAGCAAGAGUCAGAUCCAGAACCUGACCCAGAGCCUGAUCAAGAAGUAGAUGAGGAGACGGAGCCGGAGGUGGACGAAGACGCAGAGCCCGAGGCUGAGACCGAAGUAGCUGAUAUAGAUGCAGAAACCCGGAGUUCCUCCAUAGAAGCAGAGGAUGAUCGUCUGUCCGUCUCAAUCCAAAAUGAAGAUGCCAUCACCCUAGAAGUUGAUGGUGACGACCUCCUGGAAACAGGUAAACACGUGAAACUUCCAGAUUCAGAGGCAGACAAGGGCAUUGAUGAGAUGGAGACUGGUACUGAGACGACCCCAGAUGAUGACAUGAAAGAAAAGAUGGAGGGCUACAAAGAUGGGGAGAAAGACAAUGCGUCCAUGAAGAACGACAACGAAGAUGACAAGAUGGAAGCUGAUUCCGAAGACGGAGAAAAGGAUUCUGGGAAGAAAGACCUAUCUGCUACUGGGGCCUCAGGUCAAGCAAAGAGCUCCGCAAAAGACAAAGAUGGAAAAGCCAUAAAAGAUGAAAAGGCAGCUGCCGGCAACGGUGCCUUUCGUAACUUAUGGGUGAGCGGCUUGUCUUCAAACACCAAAGCAGCUGAUCUAAAAAAUUUGUUUGGCAAAUUUGGAAAGGUUUUAAGCGCCAAGGUGGUCACAAAGGCUCACUGUCCUGGUUCAAAAUGCUACGGCCUGGUAACGGUGUCUUCUAGCGCUGAAGUAACUCGGUGCAUCACCCACCUUGACUGCACAGAACUUCAUGGACAGCAGAUAUAUGUUGAAAGGUCUAAGAAUGAUCCGUUCAAAAAGGAGCCGUCAAAGAAGGAAGUGGAGGACAGAGCAAGUUCCAUCAAAUCAAAUACUAAGCACAGCUCCACUGGGACAAAACAAACAGUCAAAGCGCAGCCAUCUCACAAAAAAGAAGAAAAAAAGUCAGAUAAACAGUUGGAAAAAGAGAAGGAUUCCUCCAAAAACCAAGAAGCCAAAAAUAAAAAAUCUGACACCGUCCCCUCAAGCACAGGCCCAGAUUUAUCAAAGAAAGAUGAAAAGAAGAUUACAAAGAUUAAGAGCCCAGAGAAAAUGGUGGAAGUUAAGUCUAAAGGAGGCUUCGUGUUUCGUCAAAACAGACCCUUUAGGGGAAGAUUUCUUGAUAGACCCUUUGUCAAUGCCAGUUUUCAAAGGCAUCCAAGAUGGUUGAUUCCUCCUCAACAGUUGGCAAUGAUGAGAGAAAAACGGCCACCAUUUUUUAACAAAUGGGGUAACAUGGACAUUUUGCCUUUUAAUAAACUGAAGGAGGAGAGGAUGCGUGAACGCAUGGAGCACAUUCGCAGAGCGGAGGAUCUUCGCAGGCGACGUGAAAUUGCAGAACAAGAACGUCGAGAGCGCGAGCGAGUCCGCCUGAUGCAAGAACACGAAGAACGGGAACACUUGCUUCAGGAACGCCACAGACUGGAGAUGGAGAGACAGAAACUUGAAAGAGAGCGCUUGGAGCGAGAGAGGCUUGAGAGGGAAAGGUUCCGCAUCGAGCAG